CCACUCCUCCCGAUCAGAUGGCACAGUCAAACGUCCACGUGUCAGUUCCUGAACAAGCGUGUGCACGCUGAUGGACGCGAGGCUCUAUGCGGCAGCAGAAUGCAUGCCAGGCUCCAAUAUAGCCCCGCACCCAUCAGCGUGGCCACGCAUGUUCAUGACAUGACAAGCAGACGUGUGAGAUUGCCAUCUGAUCGGGGUGAGAUGAAGGAGUUUCGGGAGCAAGAAUGCAUGCGUUUCAUUGGCGAUCACUCGCACCGAUCAGAUGACACCCUCAGACGUCCACGUGUCACGUCCUUAAUAAGCGUGGCUACGCUGAUGGAUGCGGGGCUCUAUGCGACAACUGGGCUCUAUGCGGCAGCAGAAUGGAUGCGAGGCUCCAAUAUAGCCCCUCACCCAUUAGCAGGGCCACGCAUCCACGAUGGCUCCGACUCUUUGCAACCACCGUGCGGGCCGCUCUUGUUCGUCGUCGUUCGCGCCGACAGAACGCGUCUCGCAGGGUCCAUCGUCCAGUGGGUCGACGAUGGCGAAUACAAUUUCAAGUUGACGUUGAAGAAGCAUUACAGAAGUGAUGGUUCUGUCGACGGCAUCGCAAAGGGAUGCAAGGUUGUCGGGAGGAUGUUCGGUGGGUACGGCCGUCGUGCAAUGUCUUUGCCUCACUUUGUCCCGCUAGCGUCGGGGCACGACGAGGCCGUUCACGUAACAGACUUCCUCGAGGUCUGGGCGAAAUCUGGUACCUCUGUCAGUGCCGUGGACGUCGGACCUGGAACAUCGAUCAGUGGUCCUGUUGGGUUCGCGGGAGGAGAGUGCUCGGAAGGGGGGAUGGGAGAUCAGGGUGGCCUGCCAGCUACGCCUCCUGAUCAAAAGGUGGGCAUGUCAGACGACUCAGAGGACAACCAUCCACGUGCUCCUUUGAAACCGGGCUUGCAUGUAUCUCGCCGCCACGGUUUGCUUGGGGAGUCGACGCCACAUGGAGUUGGCGAUAGCGAACGGUUGCGACAGGGCUCAGAAUCGACGACUGCUCGUGGUCUGGUCGAAAGGAUCGGUUCGUUCGUUCGUGGCAUGCAGGUGGCCGAGCUUUCCCCUGGAGAUCGAGUGGGUGGUCCGCAGGUUCGAGAGGUGCGUGGGUCAAAUGAGACGACUCGCCAGGCCCGACCAGCGGUGGUGCAACUGCAGACGGAGUUGAGCGAGGAACGAGAAGCAAGUGGGAACGUCGCCGGUGAGGAGGAGGUGUCCGAGCAGGGGCUGUUCCGUGCGAGAUCGGCUGAAAAGACUCAGUCGGGAGGAAAGCGCAACUUGCCAGAUGAGGAAGAGCGAGAGGGAGUAGGUGCUCUGAAAAGGCAGAGAAAGGUAAAAGGGAGUGUUUGGACGCCAACAAUACGAGAGGGCGGUUCCGUUGAGAAGAGGAAAAGGGUUGAAGGUGGGGAUGAAAGGCCAAGAGACUCGUCGACACAGCAAAGAACCGGUGAGUCUUCCGGGAAACAGUCGAAAUCAUCGAGGGGGAAGAAAGCAGACGAGGGCGACAGCGGGGAGGGGGAUGACAACGUGCAGAUUAACCUCAAUGCCUUUAACCUCGACAAUGCGUUCUUCCUCGAGAUGCAGAGAGGGGUGCAGAAGGACAUCGUGUUGCACAUCCAUCCCGAAAGAAUAUUAGCUAUUCCAGACUGGGAAGACGCGUACAACCACGGAUCCUUGGACGAGUUCCUCGUUGAUACCAUCGCGUCGGCUAUGAUCGACUGCUAUGAACGCAAAGACAUGAGAUACACGAAGCCCAUUUUUGUUCUCGCUCCGAUCGUCGCGCCUCCAGAGAACGGCGAGCCUGUUGUGCGCGUGCUGCCUGCUGACUUCGACAGCUCACACCCGGAGAAAUACUGGUUUUAUCCUGUGUGUAGACAGCAUAAUGCGAGGGCGGUGAUGAUGGUGAAAGACCAUCUCGUGUUUGAUUACUACAACUUCUAUGACUCCGUCUUCGCUUUGGGGUUGAAGUUCUAUGAGGAGUGGUCGAAAGGGAAACUCCUUGCUUCGGACGGGCGGCGUUGGGCUGAAAAGCCGCCCACCCAUGAGGAGGUGGCCAAGCCAGGACUCUUCACUGCGACUGACAGCCAGGGGCUGAAGAAACACGUCUGGUACGUGAAGGUGGACGACCCGUCGUUGAAAAAGAGCAGGGGGAAGCCAAAGAAAGGCGCGGAGGAGAAAACUUUCUACGUCCAAGUUCCGGAGCCAGAUGUCCACUGCCGGAAGGAAUUGGUGGACUUGACGAACCGCGACAAGAAAAGGUUGUUGAACGGCGUCUUGAACCUUAACGUCGUGUGGGUUCAAACGAGUAGCAAGAAGUUGGCCGAGCAGGGGAAGUUCAGUAUCAAGGAGAUGGUCGACAUAAUAAAAAUGGACCGGAUURUGCUGAGGCUGUGGCACUACGUGGRGUUYGAGUACGAGGAAAUGGAUAAGCGGRAGUGGAAUGCCAACUCCACGUUCUUCAGGUCCAAGAAGCAACUGUUCGAAGAGUUCAAGGACAGAGGUCUCGACGACAAGCUUUGGAACGAGAGCAGGAAAUUUUUCACGGACACCACAUACGUCAACAAGUGCCCUCAGUUUCUCGGGUGUCAACACGACAACAACAUCAAGAGAACGGCGACCCUCGUCAACGACCAGCAUUUUCCGGCGGAGUGGAAGCGUGUCGUCCUUUUGGUGAUCAUUGGAGGUCGCGCCAAAGGCAAAAAAAGCCAUCGGGGCGUUGAUGAAUGCAUCAACAUUAUGUGGACAAGGAUAAGCGCCUUGACGUUGCUGGCCCAGUUAAACGUGGACCCAUUGAGUGCCAUAGAUCAUAAGGAGGCGUUGGGAAAACUAGGGCAUCUGCUACGCUCCCACACUUGCGUGCUCGACUUAUGCAGUACUGUGGACCGUGCGCAGUGGGACUCUGGGGCAUUCGCGUCUCUGAGUGAGUUGCAAGGCUUCGUUUGUCAGGACUACUGGACAUUGGUGGUAUUCGUCCCCUGCCUGUGGAACCUCUCCUUCAUGACAUGUUUGUCUGCGCUUGGGGCUACCCGAUGCUACAUGGGAAAGUGGGUUCAAAAGACGGCAUCGAAGAAGACGCAUCAGUUCGGAAACAGCGUCUGGGAGGAGCCGGAUGUGAUGCACAUCCUUUUCAAAGGCGAGGAUCCUCGGCUACUGACUCACCCGGUGUAUGAGGGAGCUGUUGCUGAAGACGACGCCGCCGCUCUCCGGAGGAAACAGAAAGUGACACCCACGGAUGUGGAGGAGAAGUCUUUCAAGUCCUUGACUUUCGCGGACAUCGGAAACCUGACCCAGAGGGGGGAUCUGUAUAAGAACGGCGAGCGGAAUCCGAAUCAGUUGUGCAAUCAGCUUCUUUUCUUCUGUGGUGUGGCGGAUGCCGUGCUGUUCUAGGGCAAGCCGCACGCGCAGGUGGUGUGGAGUCUGCUUCAGCAGGGAAGGCACGUCUUGGCCAUGGAUGGGGACACAACGCAGCUCGAAUACACCGUGC